CUCGAGGCUCGCGGAGCUGGACCACUCAAUCCCCGCGUAAUUCAGGAAUCAGGACUCACUCAGAGAUCCCUCCUCAAGUCUGGAGCAAGUCGGCAAGGAGCGGCGUGUCGAGGACAGAGCAGACCAUUGUCACACAGGAAUAGACUAGGAGGGCAGGAUAGACUCUGCCCUAGAUAUAUAACACGUUAAUUAGAAAGUAUCGCUCAGAAUUUCAACUUGCAGGACGAAAGAGUUGUUGGUUAACCCCUCUUUUAGGGGGUUAACGCUACGGCGGAGGUGUCGACAUGGAUAAAGUUGUCAAUUGCUUGUUUGCUGCAAUAACCCUUCUGCUGUCCGUUCGAUCCGAAGUUUUUAGAGGUGACUGUAACUUUGAGAAGCCACUGGCAGGCUGCGGCUACAGCCAAGGCCGGGAGGAUGACCUUGACUGGGAGCAGGUCAUCGCCCGAGCAAAGCCCUCCCCGGAUCCCUGGAUGCCCUCAGGCCCCGCCUUCAUGAUGGUGAACACGUCGAACCGCUUCGCCGGCCAGAAGGCCCUGCUGCUGACGCCCCAGCUGAAGGAGAACGACACCCACUGCGUCCUCUUCCACUACUACGUUGGAGGCCGGGACAACAGCCGGCCCGGCCAGCUCAACGUCUACAUCAAGGAGAACAACAGCCCUCUGGGCAUGCCUAUCUGGAACGUCUCCGGCCCCGCCACCCGCACCUGGGGCCAGGUGGAGCUGGCCAUCAGCACCUACUGGCCCAACUUCUACCAGAUUGUGUUUGAAGUGGUUACCUCGGGCCAGCGGGGUGUGCUGGCCAUCAAAGAUGUCGCCGUCCAGGGCCAUCAAUGCAUGAACACGCCUCACUUCCUGACCAUAAAGGGUGUGGAGGUCAAUGCUGGACAGACCGCUUCUUUCCACUGCACUGUCAAUGGUCGCAAGAGGGACAACUUUCACCUCUGGCUCCAGGGCAUCGGUGGACGCGAGGCCCCCAUGAAGGCCACUAAACCUUGGAACAACCGCCGCUUCAUAGGCACUUUCGAUGUGGAGAACACCACCAAGGGCGACUCGGGCCGCUACCGCUGCAUCGUCCACUCGGACAAAGGGGUUGGAGUGUCCAAUUACGGAGAACUCACUAUAAAGCAGCCACCGGUGCCCAUCGCCCCCCCCCAGCUGACGGCCGUGGGGGCCACCUACCUCUGGAUCCAGCUCAACGCCAACUCCAUCAACGGCGACGGCCCCAUCAUCGACCGAGAGGUGGAGUACCGCACGGUCUCCGGCACCAUGUACGACCUGCAGCCCGUGGACAAGACCACCCACAAGAUCGGCCACCUGGACCCUGACACCGAGUACGAGAUCAGCGUGCUGCUGACUCGGCCCCUGGAGGGAGGGACAGGGGCCCCCGGGCCCCCGCUCAGAGCCAGGACCAAAUGUGCCGAGCCGAUGCACGGCCCCCAGAAGCUGGAGGUGACGGACGUCCAGUCGCGGCAGGUGACCCUCCGCUGGGAGCCGCUGGGCUACAACGUGACCCGCUGCCACAGCUUCAACCUGACGGUGCACCUCCGCUACCGGGUGGUGGUGGCCGGCGGCGGCGGCGGCGGCGGCGGCUCCAAGGAGGAGAGCCGCGAGGAGGUGUGCUACGACGCGCAGAGCCCCCGCAGCCCCCAGCACACCCUGCACAACCUGACGCCCUUCACCAACCUCAGCGUGCGGCUGGUGCUCAGCAACCCGGAGGGGGUGAAGGAGAGCGGGGAGCUGGAGAUGCAGACGGACGAGGACGUGCCAGGAGCCGUGCCUCUGGAGUCCAUCCAGGGCAGCGCCUACGAGGAGAAGAUCGUGCUGAAGUGGAGGGAACCGGCGCACACGUACGGCAUAAUCACUCAGUACGAGAUCUCCUACAAGGCGGUGAGCUCCUUCGACCCCGAGCUGGACUUGUCCAACCAGAGCGGCAAGGUGAUGAAGCUGGGCAACGAGAGCACCCACAUGUUCACCGGACUCUACCCGGGCUCCACCUACUCCUUCACCCUCCGCGCCAGCACCGCCAAGGGCUACGGCCCGCCCGUCAUCACCCAGUUCACCACCAAGAUCUCAGCCCCCUCGAUGCCCACCUACGACAAGGAGACCUCCCUGAACCAGAGCGACACCACGGUGACGGUGCUACUCAAGCGAGCCCAGAGCAGAGGGGCUCCAGUGAGUGCCUACCAGGUGGUGGUGGAGGAGGAGAGGCCUCGGCGAGCGCGCGGCACGGCCGAGAUCCUUCGCUGCUACCCGGUGCCCAUCCACUUCCAGAACGCCACGGCGCUCAACUCGCCGUACUACUUCACCGCCCAGUUCCCGGCCGGCGGCGUCCAGGCGGCGCAGCCCUUCACCGUGGGGGACAACAAGACGUACAACGGCUACUGGAACGCCCCGCUGCUGCCCCAGAAGAGCUACAGCGUCUACUACCAGGCCGUCAGCACGGCCAACGGGGUGGGAAACCAAAUCGACUGUGUCCGAGUCGCCAGCCAAGCCGCCAUUCUGGUGACGCAGCUCACCACGCCCUACGUCCGCAUCGUGCCAGCCGCCGGUGGCAGCCAGCUCACAGGCGCGGCGGACCACAAGCCCGACGCGGUGGAGCCGGAGAAGCAGACGGAUCACACGGUGAAGAUCGCCGGGGUCAUCGCCGGCAUCCUGCUCUUCGUCAUCAUCUUCCUCGGGGUGUGCUCUCUGAUGAAGAAAAGGUAUGACACCACCUGCUGGUGGGACACUCACACGUCCGGGAGAGACCCCCGGUUGGAACAGCUCACUGUCUCUCUGUGUUUCUCUCUCUGUCUCUCUCGCUCUGUCUCUCUCUGUCUGUCUCUGUCUCUCUCGCUUCUCGUCUCUCUCUCUCUCUGUCUCUCUGUGUUUCUCUCUCUGUCUUUCUCUCGCCCAGGCCCUAUGCAGGAGACAGUCUUUGACUUCUGGAGGAUGGUUUGGCAGGAGAACACAGCCGCCAUCGUCAUGGUGACCAACCUGGUGGAGGUGGGCAGGGUCAAGUGCUGCAAGUACUGGCCCGACGACACAGAGAUCUACCGGGACAUCAAGGUGACGCUGAUCGAGACGGAGCUGCUGUCGGAGUACGUCAUCAGGACCUUUGCCGUGGAGAAGAGAGGCGCUCACGAGAUCAGGGAGAUACGACAGUUCCACUUCACGGGCUGGCCGGACCACGGCGUGCCCUACCACGCCACAGGGCUGCUGGGCUUCAUCCGCAGGGUCAAGUCCAAGACCAUGACCAACGCCGGGCCAAUGGUGGUCCACUGCAGUGCGGGGGCGGGCCGGACCGGCUGCUUCAUAGUGAUUGACAUCAUGCUGGACAUGGCUGAGAGAGAGGGCGUGGUGGACAUCUACAACUGUGUGAGGGAGCUACGCUCACGCAGAGUCAACAUGGUCCAGACAGAGGAGCAGUACGUCUUCAUCCACGACGCCAUCUUGGAGGCGUGUCUCUGCGGGGACACCACCAUCCCGGCCAAUCAGCUGCGCUCGGUCUACUACGACAUGAACCGCCUGGACCCGCAGACCAACUCCAGCCCCAUUAAAGAGGAGUUCAGGACCCUGAACAUGGUGACCCCCACCCUGCGGGUGGAGGACUGCAGCAUCGCCCUGCUGCCGCGGAACCACGAGAAGAACCGCUGCAUGGACGUGCUGCCGCCGGACCGCUGCCUGCCCUUCCUCAUCACCAUCGACGGGGAGAGCUCCAACUACAUCAACGCCGCCCUCAUGGACAGCUAUAAGCAGCCAUCUGCGUUCAUCGUGACCCAGCACCCCCUCCCCAACACGGCGAAGGACUUCUGGAGGCUGGUGCUCGACUACCACUGCACCUCCAUCGUGAUGCUCAACGACGUGGACCCCGCCCAGUUGUGUCCACAGUACUGGCCAGAGAACGGCGUUCACCGCCACGGACACAUCCAGGUGGAGUUCGUGUCCGCUGACCUCGAGGAGGACAUCAUCAGCAGAAUAUUCCGGAUUUACAACGCUGCCCGGCCCCAGGAUGGCUACCGCAUGGUGCAACAGUUCCAGUUCCUGGGCUGGCCCAUGUACCGGGACACGCCCAUGUCCAAACGCUCCUUCCUCAAGCUCAUCCGACAGGUGGACAAGUGGCAGGAGGAGUACGACGGGGGAGAGGGACGCACCGUGGUGCACUGUCUAUCGCACGGCAGACAGGGCGAGGGAACGCUGCUGCUGCUGCUGCUGCUGCCGCCGCUGCUGCUGGCGUCCAGAGGGCGGACAGGAUGUGGCGGACAGGUCCCAAGCUUUAAUCUCCACUACACAUGCGGAGCCUCAAGGGGCAUCCACAGCAAUUACCGCAGCAACACAGAGUUCGGCUCUCCGGGUCAGCUGAAGGAGAAGAGGGAUCAGGUUGAUCCUUAA